GGCUGGCGGCUGCUGCUCUGUUCUCUUCCGGACAACCAGAAUGGCGGAUCCGGCGGGCACGGUGCCCCCCAGCUCACUUCUAGGGCCUCCCCCACCCGGUACCGACGGCUGCCAGCGCUUGCUAUUUUCACACGACUUGGUGGUUGGCACGUACCGAGGUCAGACCCGCUUCGGCCUCGUGCGGCUCAUCCACGGAGAGGACUCAGACUCUGAAGAGGAUGAGGAGGUUGUGGAGGAAGAGGAGGCUAGUCGUAAGAAGACAGGAAGCGGGGCAGGUGGAGUGGGAGAUCGGGGAAGCCCUGGCUCUGAGCCCGCCAGGGAGGCCAGCAGGUUCGGUCCGCUCAAGAGGGGAUAUGUGCGAGUGCAGUGGUACCCGGAGGGCGUCAAGCAAGACGUCAGGGAAACUAAGUUAAAGCUGGAAGACCGGUCACUUGUGCCCAGAGAUGUUGUACGGCGAAUGAGCACAAAGGAUAGUCAGUGUGGCACUGUGAUUGAUGUGAAUAUAGACUGUGUGGUUAAACUAGUGGGAACCAAUUGCUUCUUGCACCCAGUCAACAGCAAAGAUUUGCAGCACAUUUGGCCCAUAAUGUAUGGAGAUUAUGUUGCAUACGACUGCUGGCUGGGCAAGGUGUAUGACCUCAAGAACCAAGUUAUCCUCAAGCUGUCUAAUGGUUCCAGGUGUUCCAUGAGCACAGAGGAUGCAUCUAAACUGUAUGAUGUCUGUCCCCAUGCCAGUGAUUCGGGUCUGUUUUUUGAUGACUCUUAUGGAUUCUAUCCUGGUCAAGAACUGAUCGGACCUGCCAAGGUCUUCUCAAAUGUCCAGUGGCUGUCUGGGGUGAAGCCGGUACUGAGUACCAAGAGCAAAUUCAGGGUGAUGGUUGAAGAGGUGCAAGUAACUGAACUUCGAGUGACGUGGAUAACAAAAAGUUUUUGUUUGGGUGGCACAGACUCUAUGGAUCCACCAUCAUCUGUUAUAACCCAGGAGAGCCUUCCUAGGGUAAAGCGUCUGGGAUCCUUUGAUCACACGCAGAGACACCUUGGAGAGCGGUGCUUGUGCAUAUUUCCCAGUAAAGUAGAACACACAAAAGUCUUAUGUGAGAGCUUGGAGAAAAACUGUCUGCUUGGGGAGGUCGCCAUCACUAAGAAGCAGAUUGAAAAAUUACGAGAGAAACAGAUAGUGAAGAUUUGUACCCGUGAUAUCUCUAACCCGGCAGAGGUGCUGAAAAGGAAUUCGACCCCAGUCCCAGGGUCCCUCCCUGAGAGAGACGCAGAGGUAGAAACAAUGACGGAUGAACAGGAUGGAGCACAGAGGGUCCCUGCAACCCCUGAGGAUGUUCCUGCCACUGAUCAGACAUUUAGUAAUUUUCGGGAGAUGUUUAGAGACUUCCAGUUGCAUACUGAGCAGGAUGCAGAUGAUGAGGCCACUGGGGAUACAGAUGACACCAGUUCUGUGACCUCCUCUGCCAGCUCCACAGCAUCCUCACAAAGUGGCAGUGGUGCUGGACGCAAGAAGAGCAUCCCUCUUUCCAUCCGGAACUUAAAGAGAAAGCACAAAAAGAAGAAAAAAAACAAGGUUUAUCGAGAAUUCAAACCCGGGGACAGGGUGGCCGUGGAAGUCAUCACUACUGUGACAACAGCAGAUGUCAUGUGGCAGGAUGGGAGUGUAGAGUCAAACAUCCGUUCCAAUGAGCUGCUGCCCAUCCAGCACCUGGAUAACAAUGAAUUCUGUCCUGGGGACUUUGUUGUUGACAAGAGAGCCCACGCAGUGCAGGACCCCAACAUAUAUGGGGUGGUGCAGUCUGGUGAUCACUUAGGUCGCACUUGCGUAGUGAAGUGGAUAAAGCUGAAUGCUGAAGGGGAUGAUGUUGAGGUUAUAGGAGAAGAGGAAGAUGUCAGUGUGUAUGAUAUAGCAGACCACCCAGAUUUCCGCUUCAGAUCAACAGACAUAGUAAUAUGCAUUGGGAGCUCAGAACCUACAGCUAAUUCUGACGACAGCCGGCCGUCUGUGGGACAAGUUGCUCGUGUCGAUGUCAGCAGCAAGGUGGAAGUUAUCUGGGCAGAUAACUCUAGGUCCAUAGUCCUUCCACAGCAUCUGUACAAUGUGGAAUCAGAACUAGAAGAAUCAUUUUAUGACUCUGUGGACAGCAGCUCCAGUGGCGCAUCCUCAGAUGAGUGGGAGGAUGACAGUGACAGCUGGGAGACGGACAAUGCUUUAACAGAGGAUGAACUCCUGAAGUCCUCAGUGGAUGAAGCCUCAGCGGCACAAAGUGAGUCGACCACAGCAGAACAGGCGCAGAAACCAGCCGAAGAUGAGGCAGAGCAGAAUGCCACAGCGGCAGCAGCUGUGGUCUUGUCCCUUCCAGGAUUAGCAGAGAAAGUGGCUGGGAAAGAAGGAAUUGCAAAGAGCUUCAAGGAGCUAAAAGAAGCUAUCAAGAUACUGGAAAGUCUUAAGAACAUGACAGUUGAACAGCUGCUUACUGGUUCACCAACCUCCCCUACUGUUGAACCAGAGAAAUUCACACGGGAGAAAAAGUUCCUUGAUGACAUCAAAAAGCUGCAGGAAAAUUUGAAGAAAACUCUGGAUAACGUAGCCAUUGUGGAAGAAGAAAAGAUGGAAUCUGCUCCUGAAGCAGAGAGAGAGGAUAAGGCAGAAUCACAAGCUCAAGCGCGAUCUGAGUGGCCAAGUGAUACACCUGUGCUGUGCCAGCAGAGCGGGGGCAAACCUGGGGUCAUCUUCACAAGCGCCAAAGGGGAAGUUUUCUCUGUGUUGGACUCCGCACCCGAGAGCCAUGCCUUCAAGAAGCUGGAGUUCCAGCCGCCAGAGGCCAAAAAGUUCUUCAGCACUGUGCGCAAGGAAAUGGCCCUGCUAGCGACAUCCCUGCCCGACGGGAUCAUGGUGAAGACUUUUGAAGACCGUAUGGAUCUCUUCUCUGCGUUUAUUAAAGGGUCCACAAGAACUCCUUAUGAAGAUGGACUGUUCCUCUUUGACAUCCAGCUCCCUAACAUCUACCCUGCGGUGCCUCCUCUCUUCCGUUACUUGUCCCAGUGCAGCGGGAGGCUCAAUCCCAACCUCUAUGACAAUGGCAAAGUGUGCGUUAGCCUGCUGGGCACCUGGAUAGGCAAGGGCACUGAAAGAUGGACCAGCAAGUCCAGUCUGCUCCAAGUGUUGAUUUCUAUUCAAGGUCUGAUUUUGGUAAAUGAACCGUACUAUAAUGAAGCUGGUUUCGACAGUGACAGAGGCCUACAGGAAGGCUACGAGAAUAGCCGCUGCUACAAUGAGAUGGCAUUGAUCCGUGUAGUUCAGUCCAUGACACAAUUGCUGCGAAAGCCAGUUGAGGUCUUUGAACAAGAGAUCCGGGAACACUUCCAAGCUAAUGGCUGGCGUCUGGUACAUCGUAUAGAAACAUGGUUGGAGACUAAUUCGAUAGUAGAGAAGGGAGGUGAGCUGUCCAAUGGCCAGGACCACCCAUGCAUUGUACCCUACAGCCCCACUGAGCCAGAUUGCACGCCGGAUCCAACUCUGGAUUCUAAGGACUUGGAUGAUUCAGGAUGUGGUGCUUCAACCCUGGCACCUGGGGAUACCCAGCAAUACUCUGACUCUGAGAGCACAGGCAAGGGAAUGAUGGCUGUAAGCAGCCCUGUGGAGGAGCACAGGGGAGCGGUAGGUGGAGGACAGCCCAGCGUUAAACCAAAGAAACGCAGAAAGAGCUAUCGUAGCUUCCUGCCUGACAAAAGGGGCUACCCUGACAUUGGCUUCCCCCUUUUUCCUUUGUCGAAAGGCUUUAUAAAAAGCAUGCAUGGUGUACUACGGCAUUACAGGGCCUCACUGCUAGAAGCUGGCAUCUUGGAGCCCCGUGAAGGGAAACUAUCACUUCCAUUGUAAGGACAAGAAAAGAGCAGCUUGGGGCAUGUGCUGCAUUCCACUCCCAUCUGCCCCAGCUCAUGCAUAUUAUACAAACCUCCUGAACUUUUCAGCUGCCAGGAGGGUCCCACAAAAUAGGGUCUAGUACAAAUGGACCCUGCAAAACUUAGCCUCUUCGGUAGAUAAUGAGACAGAACAAGAUUGUAAUUCUGUUAGUAAUCAGGGCUGAAAUGUCCCCCAAAUCCCUAUUGUGCUAUUUCCUUUUGGUUUCCUGGCUCCUAAUAUCUUGGUUUGGAGCGUGCCUUGCUGCUAUGGGAUGGAGUGUUUUGCUUUGCAUUGCCCUUCCUAGUGAUCUAGGAAUUCCUGUGUACCUUUUUCAAUUAAAGGGGUCUGCGAUGUACUGUAGAGCAACUCCCUUUAACCUUUACUGCAAGUCUGUUAUACUGCGUCACAGUAUGAUGCAGGGGAACGGAUCAUGAAGUGCUUCUUUAGUUGUAACGCAAAGUGCAAGAAAAGAUGUAGACAAAAUAUGUAAUCACUACAAGCUACUGUUAAAUUGGGCAGUUUCUGUAAGGAACCCCCCCACACACACACAAAUUGGAACAGUUUAAGGUCUGUUAUUAAGUACCUGCAUUAAAUUUAACUUAGCCUGAAUUCACGAUUUAGUCACUGCUUUUGGCCCGACCAUAAAGGUUUUUCAUUUUAUUACUAAAAGCAGUUUAUUUGGCUUUUUUUGUGGUUAAAGGCAAUAUAGUGUAGCUAUGUAAAAGCCUCCAAUAAAAAUACUAAAUGUCUGAACCACCAAUUAGUAAACUCCAAACCCUUCUACCAGUUUAUCGUAAUGUUAUCUUAAGCUCAUUCUGGGGACUGUCACUUUAAAUGGACAUUCUAAUAAAAACAUACUAUUUCAUUUGUUAGAGCACACUAAAGUUCUGUGAUUAGUAGAUACGUGCAUAUGCUAUUCCUAAUUGGCUUUCCAGCUGUGUCAUGCUUUGAAGCUGGUGAGUAAACUCAGUGUGAUUUAAUUAGAGCAAUUUUAUUUUUACAUUAGAAUGUCCCUUUUUAAAAAGCAUAUAGGCUCUAAUUUUAACCCCUCACUCGUUAAAUGAAGUUUAGCAUAAUUUAGUAGAUCUGACCCUUGUCUCAAUCGGAACUUUGCAGACAUGUUAAUUUAUAUGGGCUUUCAAAAGAAAGUGUUCCACAUAAAAGGAUGAGCUGGUUAUAAGCGUAGCCUUGGCACAUACUAGCUUUAAUUAUGUUUUUUAGGUCCUUGUGUUAAAGAACAGUCUCUUUUCCAGGAGUGCUGUGAAAUGCAGGUUACUAUCGGCAACAAUGAUUACAGAUCUGUGGACAGCUAUACCUCUUUAUUUUUAUGUGAAUACAGUGACAUAAAGGGACAGCGUACAGUGGUACAUCUUCAUAUCCUGAAUAUUAGUGCAUUGAUUUAAGCAGAACCUAUCGCGUCACUUGCAUCAUCCUUACGCAACCUUACACACAUACUUGUGUACAUGACUGUAUAAUGUGUAUAGGCGACACACUGCCAUGCAGAUGCAGGACCUCAAGGCUACAUGUAUCCAAGCCUUGUUACUUAACCCUUUCCUGCCACCACCGCACCACACGCUGCCUUACACUUAGGCAUGUUUACAAUUUACUUCCAUCCCCACCUCCUCCUCAUCAAUAAUGUGAAAUAAAUACAGGAGGAGGGUUAUGACCUGCCCCCUUACUAUCCCUGUCGUAUCUCUUCUGUAUGUAAUAUUUAAAUAAUGCAUAAUAAACUAUUUACAAAAGGUGCAGAGAUGAGCGCAUGAGUGGGCCUUUAGACUAGGCUGUGUGACUAUAAAUGCUUAUGAGAACCAGAUGUUAUGGAGUGAUUGAUUUGGCAUUCAAGAGGUUAAACUAUGUAUAAAAUGCUCUGAUUUCUCUUUUUAUUUAUUAAAGAAAAAAAAUAUUUAACCCCUUUCCCCCUGAUAUUGCGACCUAUCCAGGCCUGUGUUAAUUUCAUGGAAACAAAAAAUAAAAUUAACUUUCCUAUGUGAACAUCAUUAGAUAUUUGGUAUUAAUAACUUGCCACCACCAAACUCCCUUUAUGCAAGUAACAGAAUCCUCUGCAGCACAUUCUGAUGAUAUGUCUCUGCAGCUGGACGUUAUUAUAUUGAUGGAUAAUAUUUCCCCUCCUGCCCCCUCCUAUACCAAAUUAUUUAAGUGCAUUAUCUGCUCCAGAAGUUGGAAAAACUGUAGUUAUUUUGUGCUUAAUUUCCCUCUUCUUAUACCCUUGCUAAUCUCCAUGAAAUUUCUCAGGGCAGAAGGGGUUAAAAGCAAGGCAUGAACCAUAUACAUGGUCAUUGCCUGACAGAUUUGUACAGUAUUUAACUGCUGGGAAUGAAUCUUUCGGAACCAAAAUGCUGUAAAAUUGUGGUGCUUUUGAAAUGUGUAUAGUGCUAUGUGAAUUUAUAUAUAUUAUUUUUUUUAUAUAUAUUUUUUUUUCUGCUAAUUUAAUGUUUAAACAAUUUUGCAGGCUUGAUAAAUUAAAAUUAUGUCUCUGCUCAA